AUGUCUGCUGUUCCCGCCUUUGUCCGCGUCGGGGAGCUCGCCUGCCAAAAGAACCCAUUUCUUCGCGAGCUUCGCGCCCGCAUCGUGUCCUGCGAGGCGGUUGCCCUGAAGAAGUCCGAUGGUCGUAAAGGCGGCAACCAUUCAACAGAGAAGAGCCCCAGCUACAAUGUUGUUCUCACGGACUCCGUCCUUUUCCCGGAGGGCGGUGGUCAACCGUGCGACUACGGCACAAUUAUUCGUGGGGGCGCAGAGGAGGUGCCGGUGCGGAAUGUGCAGCGCCGCGGUGAGACCUGCGUCCUCUCGACGCCGUCCCCGCUGGAGGUGGGAGAGGAGGUAAAGGUGCGGGUGGACUGGCCACGCCGCCUCGACCACAUGCAGCACCACACCGCGCAGCACCUGCUCUCGGGGGUGAUGGAGAGUCUGCCGGAGUGCCAGCUGCCCACGGUGUCGUGGUCCCUCACCCACCCAUAUUGCUUCAUCGUCCUCCCGACGGGAAACAGACUGCAUCCGGCCGUGGUUGCCCGCAUUGAGGAUCUCUGCAACGACGCCAUCGCCAGGGCCAUCACCGUGCGCUGCGACGUCUACGCGAGCAAGGAGGCGUAUGAGCAGGUGUUGCAACAGGAGGCGGAGUCGCACAAAACACCUCGGAAGUGGCACAAAAUUCCGGACGACGUCACAGGAGCCGUUCGCAUCAUCACGCUGGAAGACAUUGAUUGUUGCACGUGCUGUGGCACGCAUGUUGAUAACCUGGGGCGGCUGCAUAUGAUAAAACUGCUUCACCAGGAGACGAAGGGUGAGACACUGAAACUUUACUUCAUCACGGGUGAUCGCCUGCGUCGGCACUACGGGGAGAUGUACUUCCGUGAGAAGGAGCUCAUGAAACAGAUGGGUGGCAUACGGCCGGAGAACUUUCUAGCCGAGGCUGCACGUAAGGGGAGAGAGUUUGUCGACAUGGAGAAACGACUCAAAAACUUGACUCUUGACUUUGGGAGGGCUGAGCUUCAAAAGCUUAUUGCCGAAGCGAAGGUUUCCGUGGCGCAGGGCGGCGAUGGUGGUGGUAUUGUGACGUACCGCCGUGAUGACGUCGAUAUGGAUUUCUUUAAUCUUCUGCGUGACGGGAUACAGUGGGCGUGUCCCGACUGCGUGGCGGUGUUUGCGUGGGGCACCCCUUCAGCGGCGAGCAAAACAGCGGGGGCGAAGAGUGGGCAGUUUCUGAUUGUUGGACCGCCCAGCCGGGUGGAAGCGUUGGCGCCGGAUGUCUGCACGGCGCUGGAGGGGAGGGGAGGGAUGUCAAAGUACGGCUAUCGCGGCAAGGGUAGUCUUGCGGGUUGGGAGAAACUUGUGGAGCAGCUGCGCUCUUCAUAA